CACACCUACUUUACGUAGCAUUUAGACGCUGGCGUAUGCUGACCAGCUCCUCCCGGGUUUCUUUUUUAUUUCUUGCUGACAGACGCUCAACUCUGGCUGUGCAAUGGUUUGGUUGGAUAUAUUUUGUAACCCGGUUUGGGCAAUUUCCACGGCGCUGCUGGCGCUUGUUGUGCGCAUGCAGCGCAGAGGACGCUGGGAUCCACAUGCCUGCACCGUUCGGUUGAAAGGGAAGACUGCUAUAGUGACAGGAGCCAAUACAGGAAUUGGGAAGUCCAUUGCCUUGGACUUUGCACGCCGUGGGGCCCGUGUUAUCCUGGCCUGUCGAAACGAGGCCCGGGGGACAGCAGCACUUAAAGAAAUCAGGGAGAAAACAGGAAACGGUGACAUCCACUUGCGUCUGGUGGAUCUGUCUUCUCUGGACUCUGUCAGGAAAUUUACUAAGAGGAUUCUUGAAGAGGAGAAAGCUCUCCACAUCCUUGUCAACAAUGCUGGAAUAUCAGGUUUACCCAGGCAGAUAACCAAAGAUGGCUUUGACGUUACUUUUGCCACCAACCACCUGGGACCAUUUCUUCUCACCUACCUUUUGCUGGACCUGAUGAAGCGUUCAGCUCCGGCGCGUAUUGUCAACAUCUCCUCAGUCAACCAUGCGAAGGGUCAAGUGGACUUCUCUCAUUUUCAUGGCGAGAACCUCACUUACCACAUGGAUAAUGUCUACAACCACACAAAGCUGCACAAUAUAAUCUGUACCAACGAGCUAGCACGCAGGCUAGAAGGGACAGGCGUCACUGCAAACUCUGUCCACCCUGGUGUUGUCAUGACAGAUGUAAUGAGACACUAUCCAUUCACUAUCCGUUUUCUUUUCAACUGUAUUGGAAUAUUCUUUUUCAAGUCUCCAGAUGAGGGUGCAUUCAGCCCAACCUUCUGUGCAGUAUCAGAGGAAAUGGAGGGGAUAACUGGGAAGUAUUGUGACAGCGACUGCUGCCUGGUUCUCCCUGUCCCUUUAGCUCGAGACGCUGCCCUCGCGGUCAAGGACUUUGAGAUCUGCGAGAGGCUGACAUCAAAGCUCUAAAACAAAGCUAUCAGGCAAAAGGGCUUGAUAACAGAAAAGUGGUCAAAUUCCACCCUCUUACCGCAGUUCUUGAGUGAACAGUUCUGACAUAAUGUGUCUUUAAAAUCAUCAGGUGAAGUUACUGAAUUCAUUUUUUAUCAUUAAUUUGAAGGGAUAUGAACUGACAUGUUUUUAAGAGAAGCACAAAUUAAUCAUGUGUUAUAUAUUUGUAAAUGGCAAAGCUUUGUCACUUGGACAUGUGUGAAAAACAGGCCAAAUAAGUUUAAUCACUUACUUUUCAUAUCAGCUAUCAUGUUGUCUGAGUAAUUCUCAUUCAUGAAAAUAAAUAUGUGAACUAUACAUGUAUAUUAAUAUGUUUUCACAAAAGUCAGGUAUGUGAAUGAGUGAAAUGAAAGUUUCCUGAGACAUGCUGACAUCAUGUGGCCAAAUUAUUCUGACAUCACAAUGACAACAGAAUAAGUGGCACAAUCACUUCUCUUUAUUUCCUGAUUAAUUAAAACGCAAUAAAACAUUUGGCAUUCAGUGCUUUUUGAAGAAUUUGUACAGUGUUCAUCACAUGGUGUCUUCGGCUUCGCUACUUGGCUGCAGAGACACAGAUAGUGAGAGAACAGUAUGGUCAAAGAGGUUUUUAAUCAUAGUACUUGUACAAAUAAGUGCGUGUCUACUAAUCAUCUUUGGAUAAUAAAAGAAGAUACAAGACCA